AUGUUCUACGACCUCGACCUCAGUACCCCCGACGGGUGCUCUGAGCUCGAGCCCGCUUCUGUUGACGACAAUAGCGAUGACACCCCACCCCUUGCAUGUCCAACGAGCUUCAUGGGCGACGAGUCUGGUGUACUCUCCAUCGACUUCGUGAUCGCUGGAGGAUCGUUAUGUGGUUUGUCGGCAGCGAUUGCCCUCAGGCGUGUCGGACACAAUGUGAUCGUCGUCGAUCGUUCAUCUCCGUACGAGCCGACUAAAUUCGACUCGGGCAUCCGCUUGCCACCCAACUCAACCAAGCACUACUACCGAUGGGGGCUGAAGGAGCGUCUCCACGCCGUGUCCGUCAAGUCUCAGGGUACCUUGUUUGCUUCUUUCUACUCAGGCGUGGUUGUCGGGAAACAUUCGUGGGAAGACAGCAUCCUAGAGGAGCUCGGUGGCGACACGUUGUUCAUGAGCUACGCGGAGCUUCGCAAGGUGCUCGCGGAGUACGCCGCGGAGAUGGGCGUGAAGAUCAUAAUCGAAAAUAUCUUGUCUGUGCAUCCCGACCCCGUGAAACCGUCGCUAACGCUGGAGUCCGGCGACGUCCUCAUCGGCGACGCCGUGCUCGGUGCUGAUGGGUACAUACUCGAAGGAAACGUGUGCCGCGUGGCGGUCUUGAAUGCGCUCGGACAGGACCACAAGAGCACUUGGAUGGGCAUGCAGCUCUUCAACUGCAAUAUACCUGAAGCCCAUCUGGACCGGCUGGAGGACAAGAAGAUGCUCGCGCAGCUGCGAAAAGGGGGCAAAGUCUUCACGUGGUAUGGGUCAGGGUGUGGAGCACUGGGGUUUCCCGUGAAAUCCAUCACAGGAGAUGACGCGUUCACCCUUUACGCGUUCGCACCGCGCGCGGAACUGCUCGAGUGGCCGUACUGCGGCAAGGUCGACGAGGUCCUCGCAUCGUUGAAGGACUCGGACCCGCGGCUCCACGAGAUUGCGAAGCACGCGUCAGUUAUCACCGUCGUUCCAAUGGCCGACCACCCCAAGCUCGAAGAGUGGGCUCACCCCGGCGGCCGUCUCCUGUGCAUUGGCGAAGGCGCGCACCCCACCCCUGUCGGCUCGCUGUUCUCGGUCGCGAUGUGCACGUGCGACGCGGCGUGCCUCGGCCGGCUCUUCUCGCACCUCACCCGACACGACCAGAUCGACACCCUGCUGUACGCGGUGCAGGAAAUCCGCGAGGGGCCCGUCGCCUCUGUCUUCAAGGCCGCGUCGGGCAACAUCUUCGCGACCUCGCUCCCGCCCGGAAUCGUCGAGCGGGACGACGACGACAAGCGCGCGCGAGCGGAGCGCGGGCUCGCGAGCCUCGGCGGCGGGGUCGACAGCUUGACGCCGGAGUCGAGCCCGGAGAUGAUCGAGGUGGUCGAGCAGCUGUUUGGGUACGAUGCCGAGGAUGAGGCAGACAACUGGUGGGUCAACUGGGGGCUCAUGCAGGAGCGCGCGACGAGGAGAGAGCUUCUCGAGCAACGCGUGACGCCCGCAGUACAAUGA